GAGGCCCCCGCAACUCUUCCUGCUGUCAACAAUCACCCAACCUCGAAACAAUGGGAUACGGUCCAUCCAUUGCAAUCAUCGGCGCGGGUGUCGGCGGCCUGUCCAUGGCCCUCGAGCUCGACAAGCGCGGCCUCACCAACUGGACGAUCUACGAGAAGGCCAGCGGCGUCGGCGGGACGUGGUAUGUCAACCGUUACCCUGGAUGCCGCUGCGACGUCCCCGCGAUUGUGUACAGUCACUCGCAGCACCAGUCGCCCAACUGGACCCAGUCGCACCCCCCGCGCGAGGAGCUGCAGCGAUACUGGGAGAACCUGGCCAAGAGCCAGAACCUGAGCAGUCGAAUCCAGCUGAACACCGAGUUUAAGAAGGCCGCGUGGAACCCCGAGUACCACGAGUACACGAUUGACCUGCACAACAGCGACAAGAAGGAGGACUUUACCAUCACGGCCCAGAUCCUCAUCUCGGCGUGCGGCGUGCUCGCCCGCCCCCAGCGCAUGGCCCUGCCCGGUACCGAUGACUUUGAGGGCAAGCUCAUCCAUGCUGCCGAGUGGCCCGAGGAGCUCGACAACAAGGCGUUGAAGGGCAAGACUGUUGCGGUGGUUGGCAAUGGCUGCAGCGCGAGCCAGAUUGUCGGCGCCCUCUCCGAGGAUCCCGAGAUCAACAUUGUCAACAUUGCGCGCACCAAGCAGUGGUACGCCCCCAACGGCACCGCCAAGGACAGCCGCGACCGCAACUCGAUCCCGUUCAGCCCCGAGAUCCGCGAGACGUGGCGCCGGUACCCUUUCCUGCUGUGGGCACUGCGCUGGCGCAUCGUCGCGAUGCUUGACCAGCGCUGGAAGUGGUUCAUGGAGGAGGAGGGCGCGUCGUGGCGCGCCCAGGUCGAGGGCGAGACGCGCGAGUGGCUCAAGAAGACUGUCCCGCCGGAGCUGUACGACAAGGUGGCGACCGACGACCCGUGGGGCUCGAAGCGCAUCAUCUACCACGACAACUACCUCACGGCGCUCACCAAGCCCCAGGUCAAGCUGAUUGAGGGGCGUCUGAAGAGCUUGCGCAAGAACGCCGUCGUCCUCGACGACGGGCAGGAGCUGAUCGUCGACGUCGUUGCCCUCGCUAUCGGCUACGACUCGGAGGGAAUCGACCUCGACAUUGCCGGCACGACCGACAAGACGACAAACUACACAUCCAAGGCGCAGCUGAAGCAGUACCUCGGCACGACCAUGCCCGGGCUGCCCAACUACUUCAUCCUGCUGGGCAACAACAUGGGCCUCAACCACAUGUCCAUCACGGCGGUCCUCGAGAUUCAGGCCGAGUACGUUGGCAAGAUCAUCCAAGGCAUGCGCGACUACCAGCUGCCGCAGAUUGAGCCCAAGCUCGAGGCUGCGCUCAAGUGGGACGGCUGGAUGGAGAAGCGCUUGGAGAGGACGACAUGGCAGCGGGUUAGCAACUACUGGCGCGCGGGUCGCACCGGUCGCAUCUACACCCACUACCCCGGCUCCGUCCUCAGCCUGUGGUGGUUCUUCCGCUGGCCGGUCUGGAAGGACUUCAAGGGCGCCGAGCCCAUUGUCCGCCGCCAGCGCCUCAAGCGCGUGCUCUUCCUCCUCGCGCUCGUGGUGGCCGGUUACUUCGGCCGGGGCCGGAACGGUCUGGGCCUCCGCCUUGUCCAGGACGCCGUCAAGGGCGGCGAGAGUGCCGUCCAGGCCGGCAAGGCGGCGGUGCAGGUGCUCAAGAGCAAGGUGACCGAGCUCAUCGGGCACUAGGUCAAGAUUCAGGUCAGAAGUCUGCGUGGAAAUAGUAUGCAUUGGGUACAUGGACA